GCCAGUUUUAGCACACAAAACGUGUUCGUCUUAUUACCUUUGUGUUGCACGAUCCACUUCGGAGCGUAUUAGUUUUUGCCUACCUUAUUUUUGGACUUGCCAUUUUUUUUUUGAAGCUUGCUUCUGUAACUUUUUGGCGCCCCUUAUUCUUGUUGCUCCUCAUAUCCUGCUAAAAAUACAAGGACGCCCACAUACCCCUCUUCCAGCGAGUGACCUUUUUCUCACUUUAUUCUCCAUAUAUACAUAACUUUUUUUUACACAUAUACUCUGACUCAUCCGCAUUCCGCACAAUCCCAGAUAAACAUCCUCAUAUACACAUAAACGACAAAGGAUGACCGCCAAUUUGGACAUUCUUUCCACCGAUCCAUCGUCCAAAGUCCAGUCUAUCCCAUUUCCGGAAACCGCUCUCGAUAGCUCUUUUACCCAUCCUUCCUCAACGCCAUUCCCAACUUUGACAGUCGCACCAGAGUAUCGGCAUCUACGGACAGAAACCUUCCUUCGCUGGGUCAAUGCACGCUUGAACGUCGACCCGCCCAUCACUUCUCUUUGCCAACUCGUGCAAAGUGACGCCUUGUUAUCCUUUGUAUCAAUACUAUCGAAUGUCGAUAUACCCGUCUCCAAUGAAAAACCACCUGUGCUUCGAUUGCUCGAUAUGCUGUGCGCUUGGUUAGACGUUUCGAGCCUUCCGCUGCAUAUUCAAGACGACGCUUUACUCCAUGGAGACCCAGAACAGCUGAUGACCCUAUUAUGUUUCAUAGCAACUCAAUAUCAAUCAUAUACCCUCUAUUCUUUAGCAAAAGAACCAUCUGCAUAUAUCAAUUCCCAUAUUCAUUCGCAUCAUACGCUUCCCGCUACAUCAGAAACGAGCGAACAGAUCAUCCUUGGUUGGACUCGAACUAUUCUAAAAGACUAUGUUGAUGCAUCCAUUUUACCGCCUGUAACAGACUGUGCCGAUUCCUGGCAAGAUGGCUUGUAUUUCCUGGCAUUAGUACACUAUCAUGACCCAUCGCUCGUCGUCAAUUUCUAUGACUUUCUCUAUUCGCACGAUAAGCAUCAUCGACCACAAUGGAAUCGGACGCUCACGACUGCAUUCGAUCUCGCUCAAACUGCUUUUCAGAUCCCCAUCUUACUCGACCCUCAUCUGUUGACCGAGCGUCCGUCCGUCGACAAAGAAUGCAUUCUCAUCUAUCUUGCCGAAUUCAUUCGUGCCGUCAGUUCCUUACAGUUAUCGGAUCAUGUGAAAAAACGACGCCUUAAAGAUAUCGAGCGACUAAAGCAAAGUCAAUUCUCUCCCCGACUCGAAAACUCUUCCUCCACACCUUCAUUGUGCAGUGCUGGCUCCGAUACUGCGGAUGAACCAUUCACAACCUCGACCACGCGGACCUCGACCUAUACCGUCCAACAACUACGUAUCACCAAAACCACCACCAUGAAAUUUGCAGACGGGACGGAUGUCCCGGUCGAACUGGAAGAAUUCGAGACGCGGGCCGCUGCCGCCAUGGACAAAAUUACCGCAUUUCAAAAUCGACUUGACAUUAUCGUACCCACACGUUCGUCCAGUUAUCACCCCAUGCCGUCUUCCACCACCCCUGAAGGUCAUGCAUCGCCAUUCAGUGAUCUGGAAAUGACCAGCCCCACACGAUCCGCCACCGAAUCAGAUGAACACCAUACACGCGCUUUACAUCCACUGCACGCCGCUAGCGAAGAUCUGUCGACGUAUGACACCAAUCUCAAAGCUUGUCAAGCCGCGUUUCAAGCUUUUAUGGAUUUUGAUUUAGCAGCGUUUCAUCAUUAUGCCAGUAAUGAACUUGACACGCCUUGGUGUGACGACGAACGGGUCCUUGCGCGGAAAGACCAGAUCCAACGAUCUAUGGAUGCUUUACGUACGAAAUUCGACGAAAGCGAACAUCAUCUGGAACUGUUCCGACGCGGAUUCUCUUUUGCGCAGUAUUGCACCAUGAUUCGCAACGAACUCGAUGUCAUCCAAACCAAUAUGGUGAAAUCGAUUACUACCGACACCGACAUUCAAGACCUGGAACACCGUAUUGAGAGGACUUCCGGCAUGAUUGAAACCAUUAAAACGACCUUCUCCGAUCUGUUACUCAGUUAUGCCGAUGGAGACAGUCAAGCAUUGAUAAAGUCCGGUGCAUUGCCCAAGGACGAUGCUUAUCAAACUCGUUUUGAUGCCAUCGUUCAGAAAAACGAACUCGUCCGUACCUGGGUGGAAGAGGUACGUAUCUGGUUCGCGGAAGCCGAACGAAUUCGACAAUGGAUUGGUAUUCGCAUCGAACAACUCGGAGAAACGGUUCUUCCGGACCCCUUGAGUGGUGGCGAACUUCAAAUUCUCGGCAACGACAUUGACGUGUGGAAUGCAAAGCACGCGGUUCUGGAAAAAGAAAUCGAAGCUUUUGACAAGGAAGAUAUGGCCCGGCUGCGUGCUCAUGUGAAAGCAUUAACCGGUGGUGGAAGACCCGACAAAGAUCUUAGCCCGGCCGACACUACGACCAUCGAAAUUACGUUGACCACACUCACCACGUUGGAUAAACUCAUGCAUUCGCUUCGAGACAAGACCUAUGUUUUGCAAGUGUUAACGCGACGCACAGCUUGGGAAAAAGAAUACCAAAAAGCAAUGGCGUGGUUAACGGAUACCGAUAAAGAGCUCGACGAGUUUCUCAACGGCGAUGCGCGUUGGCAAACAGUGGAAGAAGAAGCUUCAGCCGCGGAGAUUCCCAAAAGAGAACGGCUCAUGGCCAAGGAGAAGCAAAAAGAACGCAUCAUUCAACAACUGCUUGCGCUCGAACGAAAAAUGACCGAAUUUGAUCAGGGACAAUUCACAACGACCGUGAAUCUGUUCCAAGACUUGGACGAUACCGCCAACAUUGAUUUACCCGAUCAUCUUGAGGGCCGACAGUCGCACUGUGAGCAAUUGUUUGAGGACCUUUUGAAACGGCGCACAUUUGCUCGUCAAGUAGUCGAACAACGCUUGAAUGUGAUGGAUUUUCUGUACCAGGUGGAUCUCGUUAAAACGGAUGCAAUGCAGUUACAAUCCGAUCUCCAAGAAGCGCAGCAUCACGUUCGGCCGGAAGAUAAUGAUCACGAGAUGACCAAUCGGGUGCAAACCAUGCAUGAAAAGAUUGUACAACUGUUGACCGCUGUGGCCAGCCGCAUACCUUACCCAAGUCCGCAAAUGGAAAUCGAUAAAGAAAGUAACGACGCGGCCAAUCAAGAUAUUCACACCUUCAUUGACGGACAGCGAACCGAUCUCAUCUUACUCAGUGAAAGGUUGGAACAACAAUUGGAAGAACUACGCAAGGCCCUGCAACUUCAUCGACGCGCGAAGCAACUCAAAGACGAUGCCAUGCGACUCGCCGAAUGGGCAGAUGAACGCGUGACUCAUGUGCGAAAAGCCAGGGUCGAUGCGGGAACCGAUGCCAGCACGUUUAACAUUGACGAACUCCAGCGUCUCGAACAAGAUCGGACAAACCUAUUAGACAAGUUGGGCGGUGGAAAAGAAGAUGAAGCCGUUGACCUAAUUACCAAUAUCCACCUUCUGCUCGAAAGCAGCCGCGCUUUGGAAAAUGGUGAUUCGAUCGACUGCGACAGUUUGAAGGAAGCCUCCGAUUACCUUUCCAACGUCUUUGAUCGCUUACAUCAAGUACUCGACGAUCAUGGUCAUGAUCUGCAAGCGCUUCGCAAAAAAAUGGAAGAUGACAACACCUAUUUUGAAAAUGCGAAAACAUUGCGUGCCUCCGUCAACGAAAUACGAACAUCCAUACCUGGAUUGAAACAAAGCUGCGGGUUCAUGACCGGACAAUCGGAAGAACAAGAUCGCCAUCGUUACGAAAUGCUGAUCAAUGCGCUGCAAAGGUUGGAUACUACGUUUGAAAGUCAGCAGCAACAAUUCAAUGAGCUUUACGAACAUUUCCAUGCCAUGGAACCCGACAAGAUUGAAAACAUUGAAGAAACUCGGGAAAUGCAGCAGCAACUCCACAAGGACUGGUCGCAACUGAAAGAGGAAAUGGACGAUUUUCACCGAUUUAGCGACACGGUCAAACAGUGGUACGAUCGUCAACGACGUCUCAGCCGGGUGGAGAAUGACCUACUUGCAGGCUUGAACGAUGAAAUUGCUGCCCUAGCACAAAAAGGCUGGAACGAGGAGCAAUUGCAGUCUGUGGAAGAAAAGCUACAGAACGUAUUCAAUAUGCUCGUGGAAACCGAUGCCGAACUUCGGCAGGCCGACACGAAAGAAGAUCCCUUACAUACCGCGAACUAUUCUUGUGCUCGUGAUCGUCAUGCAGGAUUGAUGGCGAAAGCUCAAACGGUCGAAGCCAAUUUGCAAGCUCUGAAGAAAGACGCCAACAAAGCUCUCGCAUUCAGCAUGUACUUGGGUCGGGCCGAAGCCUUGUUGGCUCAAGUGCAAGAGCAAAAAGAAGCCUCCGCCCAACGUUUAGCACAUCACGGUAGCACCAAUUUCGCCGUAGCCGAUCCCGCUCAAUUAGAGACAAUCCAAAAAAAUAUACAGGCGGAUAUCACUCAAGGUGAAGCCAUCAAGGAGUCGCUUCGUCAUGAAAACAAGUUACUCUGGGAAGAAGCAGGCAAACUUCAGAUGCAAGGUUACGAAAGCCGAUCCGUGCAAGAGCCAGCCGAACGGGUGGAUGAGAAUCUGGCGCAGUUAGCUAACGCUUUUAUGGCGGAAAAGCGUCAAGCCGCUUUUCUACGCAAACUGCAGAUUCAUGCCAAGGCCGCCAAUGACCUUUCCAGUUGGAUCAGUCAAUGCAGGAACGCAGUCUUGCAACUCCCCACGGACGUGUGUAUUGCAGAAGAGGCAGACAUCCGAGCGGAAUUGGAAGGGCUGGAACAUAAGAUGGCGGAGAUCAUGCCUACGAUUCAGGCAUUUCAAGCCAUGGAAGCACGCAUUACAAGCAAGGAAGGGCAGUUGAUUGAUCUGAGCAGUGUUGGCAUGGAAGCGAAGGAAAUUCAACUGGCGCUCAAGGCGAAGGAAGAUACCGUACUUCAACAAUGGAAUGAUUUACGCAAGCAAUUGGACCAAGCGAAACUGUCGUUGGACCAAUCAAGAUGUGGGGUAGAAAUUGCCAGAAAGGUGAAGGGAAUCCUCACGCUUGUAGGUGAUCUCAAACGCCGGGCCAACAAUGUGGAGAUUUGCAGUGCCAUGGCCGAUGAGGAAGCCAAGAUUGACGUCAAAAUCAUUACGAGCUGUCCACUGGCAAUGAUGCCAACCGAACGAGAAUCGGCUGCCGCCAAAUCCGCGCUGGACAUUUUGGAUCAUGAUAUUGAGCAACAUUUGCAAGUGGCAAUCGAUGAUUUGGACAUUAUGCUGAAACGGAACAGCGACACGGCCAAAAUCUUUGAGGGACAACGAGCAGAAAUCACGGAAGCCGUCCGUGGAUUGACUGACAUUAUGAAAGCCAAGCGACAGGCAAUCGGUAAAGCGGAACGGAUGGAAGGAUUCCUAACGGUGGUGGAGGAACUGGAAGUUUUACUCUCGGCCUUAUCCGAAGUGGUGGAUCGUGCUUCUCCUGAACACGCAAGAAUGUCGGCAGACCUGUACAGCCGGGCGGACCUUCAAGCCAUGUUGAUCGAUUUGGAUACACGAUACCGUUACUACGAGCCUAAAAUCAAUGAAUUGAUGGAUGAAGCACAAGGAGUCGCACAAAAUCUACUGGAUGAUCGACGUGUGAAAGAAUGCUUGAAAGAACUAGCAGAAAAGUGGACUCAAUUGCAAGCAGAAGCGGCGGCGAAAAAGGCGGACUUAUUGGCUCGCAUCGGACCUCUGCAGAAUCCGUAUCAUCCGCUGCAAGCCCAUUUGGUGGGACUACAAGAGCGAGGACAAAAAGCGAGUGAAGACGCCGCAAAACGUGGAAAGACGGGCUUGCAGGGUCAGGCGCCUCGUCCACAACCUGUGCAAUCCACGCCACGGCUGAUUGGGCGUACAAACAACGCAAGAGCAACAACCCCAGCAACACCAACGCAGCGUGUACGAACAAUAACAGGUGUUUCACCGAUUGCGCGACGUGUGGCAGCUCGAUCCGUGGCAGCACAACGUCAGCGGGCCAUGACCAAGACACCAGAAGCGUAUGUUGCCGAUCCGAAGAAUGAUCUCGAUGUUGCUUUGGGAAGCAUCGUAAAUGACUCACCCUACAAAGUGCGAGUCAAGAUGGUGCCGGGAGAAGUAGGAAAAUAUUGGUUUGGUGACACCAAUCCGAAACUUGCUUAUUGUCGGAUCUUAAGAAGUCGGAUGGUCAUGGUUCGUGUCGGCGGCGGAUGGGUUGAAUUGUCCCAGUUCUUGCACGACCAUGCAUUACUGGAAGGAGGAAAGUUUGUACCACGGAAUACGGAUGGUGGAAACGGUCAGGGCCAUAUCCGCGAAGGUUUCUUACACACGAAUCGCGCCACUUCACCAGGUGGUGUGGUGACCAUCCGUGGUGGUGGUGGUGGCAGAACAAAUGGAACGGCCUCACCUAUCAUGCGUGAGUCACGAUCGACACCAUACCACCGUGGCCUGUCUCCCAUCUCCUUUGCGGGCGGUCAUCACGGUAUCAAGAACGGAAAUAAAUUCCUCGUUACAGAUGGCGAAGGAAAUCAAGUAGAAGUAAAAAUGACCAAGGCCAAAACCAAAGACUCCAAAUUCAUCACUCCAUGGCGAACCAACUGAUCAAACCCCAUUGUUUUAUACGCGAAAUUAUCUAUUGAUUCCCUAUUCUUGUCUUUGUUUCAUGUGUACAUAAAGUUUUUCAAAAAAAAAAAAAAAGUCUUUGCUGUGUAAUGCGCCGAAUUUAG